AUGUCCCUGGUGCCGCCCGGCGGCGCGGACUCGCCGAGCCCGCGGCGCGCCGUGAGCCCGCUGCUGGAGAUGCGGCGCCCGCACUGCACCCUGGCCUGCGAUUACUGCGCUGCCAUACUGGAGGACAAGUUUAAACGGAGCGCAGAAAUGCGUCACCGCGGUACUUCCCCUUUAUCCGCGUCACCUCGGCAAUCAUUGACGGGGGAACCACCCUGGACUCUACCUGAUGACGACCGACCUGAUUUCUCGGCACUUAAAGAGAAUAUACACAGGAUUAACAAGGAUUGCGAGACAUCGACACGAUUGGACAUGUUGCUGACCCAGGUGGAACAAUAUGCCAACAAUUUGGAAGCUUUGGUGGAGGAACGAACGUCAGACUAUCUGGAGGAGAAAAGGAAAUGCGAGGAACUGCUGUAUCAACUGUUGCCGAAAUCUGUCGCUUCCCAACUGAUAAUGGGGCAGCCAGUGAUGGCGGAGACCUAUGAUCAGGUCACGAUCUACUUCAGUGAUAUCAUCGGUUUCACUCAGCUGUCGGCUGAGUCCACUCCCCUGGAGGUCGUCGACUUGCUGAACGACCUGUACACCAGUUUUGACUCCAUCAUUGAAAAUUUUGAUGUUUACAAGGUGGAGACAAUAGGCGAUGCUUAUAUGGUAGUGUCAGGGUUGCCGAUGAGGAACGGGAAUCGCCACGCGGCUGAGAUAGCUCGGAUGUCUUUGGCUUUGCUGAGGGCUGUACGAGUGAAGACAGUACCACAUCGGCCUGGAGAACGGUUGCUUUUGAGAAUCGGCAUGCAUACAGGUCCUUGCGUGGCUGGAGUGGUUGGCCUAAAAAUGCCAAGAUACUGUUUAUUUGGCGACACAGUGAACACGGCCUCAAGAAUGGAGUCCCAUGGAGAAGCAUUAAAAAUCCACGUUAGUCCAAAAACAAAAGAGGUUUUGGAUAUAUAUGAUUGUUUUGACCUAGAAUGUAGAGGAGAAAUUACUAUGAAGGGAAAAGGUAAAAUGACGACCUAUUGGUUAAUUGGAGAAAAAAAUGAAAGCAAGAAUGGUCAACCUCACGAAGAAACAAAUAAUGAACAAACAGGGAUUAUAAAUAAUCCAAGUAUCACAUUCCAAGGGCCUGAUAGUCCCGCUUCACAUUCGCUCACGCACAGUCAAAGCCCGGAAAGAAAUAAUGAUACAAAAGAAAAUUCCAACCAAAAACCUGUUGAAUUGUUGAACGAAAGAGAUCGUAUCAAACAUGAAAUAGCAACAUUCGUUGCUAAAGAUCUCAUUAAUAAUAUUGAUAAUGCUGUAAGAGAGUUCAGAAAAUCACAAAGCGCGAAUUUCGCAAUAUGUAAUAAGCCCAUAUGCAACGGUAAUGACAAGACUAUCAUAACUCCCACUUAUGAUAAAGAACUCGUCAUAAGUAAAGGAAAAGUAAGAGAUGUUGUUAAUAGAUUUAACAGUUGCGUUGUCAAUGAGAAUGUAAUUAAAGCAAAACCUAAAGGUAUGAAAACUGAAGACUGA